AACUGGUGUACCCCGCACUUCACAUGCUACCUGAAAUAAGGCAGAAAAUAUAGACGCCUUCUGUGGAGGGUUCAUUGUGGGUCCUCAGGAAAGACAACUCAGAUAUUCUUCUUUUGGAGGAAGGAAGCAGGAAACAAUGUGCAGAAAAGGUCAGCACAAGUACAAAGACCACAUUUAGUGUUUACAUCCUGACUUUUAACUGAUUCGUUCUUCACUGCUUAAUCAUCCUCAGGGCCAUGUGGUGAGUUGGACCCAAUCCCAGCAGUCAACGGGCAACGUUCGCCAGUCCAUCUCUGGGCCACAUACAGAGACAAACAACCGUUAACACCUCUGGUAAAUAAGACGUGUCAUUAAACCAUUCGUUUUCUACAUCUAACCCCUUUCAAGGUUGCGGUGGAUUCCACUUAAAGUACGAGCAAACAAGAGCACGAACAAGAAGCAGAGAGAGAGGACCCCGCUGUGUGAUAGCAUCUCGAUUAGCCGGAUUUGCAAAUUAGACCAAUGAGCCUUCGCUAUGGGCUGGCUUUAGCCCGUUUUCUACCGGACCACAGAGGUAGAUUGAGUUUGUCCAGGAGCGACAUGUCAGUAGGCAUGUGGGCGUGGCACUUACCGGACAUUACAUUGUAGAGGCUAGGAUGUCAGCGAAGAAAGGUGGUUAUAAACUGGCAUCAUCUGAAAGCGCCAAAUAAGGAAACAGAACACAAAGAAACUGUGGCAACACGGCCCAGUGAAUCCCCACAGAACCAAAAAGCAGCUGUGUCCACAGUUGAAUGAAAUAUGUUGUCUUCCACUGUCUGCUGGUCCCCAAAGACAUGUCCUUCAUCGCCGCAUCCCAGAUCCUCUAUAACUGCUGCUCUGACAUAACAUACAUCAGGAAGGGGCAUCCUGGAUCCUGGACAUGAAAGAAAGUGGAAAAAACCAUCAACACAGGUGGCAGUGUCACUGCAGAGCAUCACUGCAGUAAAUCUAAGAGUGCGGGACAGUCAGCGGGGGGGCUAAACUGGCCCAUGUGACUAAAUAACCUCCCAUGGCCACUGUGUAUUCAGAUUCUCAAACCACCCAGAAUCAGGCGUUCAACCUGGACGUGGAGAAUCCAACGGUUUACGACGGACCUCAGGGAAGCUACUUCGGAUAUGCGGUUGACUUUUAUCUGGCAGAUUCAGCCAGCAGUGCGAGUGUGGUGAUAGGAGCUCCUAAGGCCAACACCAGUCAGGUCAAUGUUGCAGAGGGUGGAUCUGUGUUCUACUGCCCGUGGAGUACCAGACACUCAGACUGUCACACCAUUGAGUUUGACUCAGAAGGGGAUCGCACUGUUUCACUCAACAACACAGAACAUCAGGUUGAUUUUAAGUCUCACCAAUGGUUCGGCGCCACCGUACGUUCCCACGGUGACACGAUUCUGGCUUGCGCUCCUCUUUACUCUUGGCGGACUGAAAAAGACGUUGCCCACAUGGACCCUACAGGAACCUGCUACCUCUCAGUGCAUAACUUCACCAAAUUUGUAGAGUAUGCCCCCUGUCGCACAGAAAUCAGCGAGGCCGGGGGACAGGGGUACUGUCAGGGAGGAUUUAGUGCUGACUUCACAACGGAUGGGAAGGUUGUUCUGGGAGGACCAGGCAGCUACUUUUGGCAAGGUCAGGUGAUCUCCGCGGCCAAGGAGAACAUCAUCAAAGCCUACUACCCGGGGUACUUCAUGCAGUCUGUCAAGGACCUGAUCCAGACCAAACAAGUCCAAGUUGCAUAUGACGACAGCUACCAAGGAUACUCCGUCGCUGUUGGGGAAUUCAGCGGUGAUCAGUCAGAAGAUUUCGUGGCCGGCGUUCCAAAAGGCCUCAAGCUUCGGGGUUUGGUGUCCAUACUGAACGGUACAGACCUGAAGAUCAUGAUAAACUUCACUGGUGAGCAGAUGGGAUCAUAUUUCGGCUACGCAGUGGCGACUGCUGACAUCAACAGCGACGGCCUGACUGACGUGCUGGUGGGCGCUCCCAUGUUAAUGGUCAAAGGCUCCGACGGCCGUCUGGCCGAGAUGGGCCGGGUGUAUGUUUACCUACAGCGUAGCCCCCUGAACCUGGAGCUACGGCUACCUCAUUUGACCGGCAACCAGGCGUUUGGAAGAUUUGGCAGCACCAUUGCUCCACUGGGAGAUCUGGACAAAGACGGAUAUAACGAUGUGGCCAUCAGCUGUCCAUUUGGAGGAGACGACCGUCAGGGGCUGGUCUACAUCUACAAUGGUUUCUCAGAUGGACUCAGGGAUAAACCAUCUCAGGUGAUCGUCGGUCAGUGGGCUUCUGGGACCAUACCGCCCAGUUUUGGGUUUUCACUCAGAGGUGCCGAGGACCUGGACAUGAACGGAUACCCAGAUCUCAUCGUUGGUGCCUUUGGUGCCGAUAAAGCCGUUCUCUACAGAUCCCGUCCGAUAGUCAACACCACUGCCUCUCUGACGGUUUACCCAACCAUGAUCAACCCCGAGGAGAGGAACUGCAUGGUCCCCAGUGGCAACGCCAGCAUUCCUGUUUCCUGCGUCAACCUGAGUUUUUGCAUAUUUGCAGAUGGGAAGCACCUACAGGACGUUCUAGACUUCCAGGUAGAAGUGCAGCUCGACAGUCACAAGCACAAGCAGAAAGGUGCUGUGAGGAGGGCUCUGUUCUUGGAUUCCCAGCAGCCUUUGCUCCAGGGCAGGGUGAAGGUUCGCCAUGGCGAGCGCGUGUGCAACCACACAAAGAUCUUCCUGAGGGACGAGAAGGAAUUCCGAGACAAACUCUCCUCCAUUUUUGUGGCCUUUAACUACAGCCUGGACCCAGAGGCGGCGGCCGACAGGCACGGCCUACGACCCGUCCUCAACUACCAGACUGCCACGCUGAUAGAGCAAAAAGCCCAGAUCCUGUUGGACUGCGGAGAGGAUAAUGUCUGUGUUCCUGAUUUGAAGCUGGCUGUUCACGGCGACAGGAAGGAAGUCUACCUGGGUGACGACAACUCGUUGACACUAACCUUUAACGCCAGAAACGAGGGUGAGGGAGGGGCGUACGAAGCAGAGCUGCACGUGGUGCUGCCCCCUGAAGCUGAUUACAGCGGCAUUGCUCGUAAUAAUGAGAGCUUGACACAGCUGACCUGCAGCUAUGAGACGGAGAACCAGACUCGAUACCUCAGCUGUGACUUGGGAAACCCAAUGAAGUCUGGCACCAGUUUGUGGGCCGGCCUACGUUUCACCGUGCCACGGCUGAAGGACACGUACAAAACCGUCCAGUUUGAACUUCAGAUUCGCAGCAAAAAUGAGAAUAACUCCCACAGUGAGGUUGUGCCCUACAGGCUGGAGGUGGUCGUCCAGGCUGAUGUCAUCCUGCAGGGGGUGUCUCGACCAGAUAAGGUUUUCUUUCCGCCUGCCAACUGGAAAGUGACCAAAAACUACGAAGUGGAGCAGGACGUCGGGCCUGCAGUGGAACACGUCUAUGAGUUGGUGAACAACGGACCCAGCAGGAUCAGCCACACCCUGCUGGAGCUGCGCUGCCCCUUCAGUGUCCAGGACCUGACCAUCCUCUACCCUCUGGAGUUCUCCACAGAAGGACUGAUUAACUGUACCUCUGACAAGUACAUGAACCACCUACACCUCAAGCUCCAGCGCACUUCGACAGAACCACCAAUUCUGGCUCUGAAGGCCCAGGAGCACCCCCUGGUGAGGACAGACGUUCACAAGAGUCAGCUGGCUCAGCUGACCAACCUGUCCUGCUCUAACGUGGAGUGCUGGACGCUCCAGUGCCAAGUCGGACUUCUGGAGCGGGGGACCACGGCGAUCCUCAAAGUACGGUCCCGCGUCUGGGCUGAAACCUUCACUGAGAGACCAUAUAAGAACCACUUGUUGGAGUGCAUGGCCAGAUACAGUGUGGAGAAGACGCCCUACGCCAUCUUACCAAAAUAUUACCCCAGUGGCCACAAAAAGGUCGUGACCCCAGUGGUGUGGAACAAACCAGAUAUUGAGAACUCUGUUCCUCUGUGGAUCAUCAUCCUGGCCAUCCUGGCUGGUUUACUGCUCCUGGCUCUGCUCAUCUAUGUUCUAUAUAAGAUUGGCUUCUUCAAGCGAUCGUUACCGUACGGCACGGCCAUGGAGAAGGCCCAGCUGAAACCACAGGCCGCCUCAGAGGCCUAACAGUUGACCAGAGUUACCUGAACCACGUUACCUGGCUGUAGGAUUGCAACAAAAAACCCACAACGGAACCUGAAGGGUGGAUCUGAAAGCAGUUGAAUUAAAAAGAGAGAGAGAGAGAGAGAGAGACCACUGGAACUCCACUGUGCUGCACUAGAAGAAGACGGAGAAAAACAACACAAAGAUCUUCUGUCCAAAUGAAUGUUUUUACUUUUAUUUUAUGUUGGUUAGAAGGUUGGGAUUUUUUUUUUUUUUUUACCAAAUAUGUAAUUUAGCCUCAGGGCUAAAACAAGGACGUAUGAUUAGGAAAGUCAGUUUAACUGCCUCGUGCGGGUGCUAAAAUUACUUUAAAUGUUGCUAAUGUUCACUGACUCAGACAGAAUAUGGCGACACGUAGCUUGUGGUCUUGUUUCUGAGGCUUUGAAGGUUGAUUGUCCAAAAAGUAAACACAAAUUCUUUGCCAGAGAGUCAGAUCAAAAUCACUAACAAAAAAACAACCCUUAAAUGACCCAAAUCCAAGUCCUGAUCUGUCUGAGGUUUUUUUCUAAAUAUUGCCCCCUGCUGGGCUGACGCAGCCUGCAGAAUCGAACAGAAAAAGCGGGUAUUAAGAUACAUAAACAGGUGUUUGACGAGAUCGAUCUCUCUCUGCCUCGAAGCGGUGGACAGCGCUGGGUGGAGUCGUUGGUUUUUGCACUCAGAGGAAAUCUACUGAUUUAAAGACAGCAGAGACUCACUGUUUGAUCUUCCUUUGAGUUUUUUUUUGUUUUGUUUUGAUUUUGACUCCUACUGAUCACUUUAAAAAAAACAAAGACAAAAAAAAAGGUUUGACAUUGCCGUUGCUGUUGAGUCGACUGGGAUGGGGACUGGAACAACCACAGAGAUGUAGCAAAAUCGAGCUGUUUUCUGCUUCGGAGUAUUUUAGUUUUUUUACUGUCUCUCCUCCACCUCGUCCUCAGUUCGGGUUGAGGUCACAGGCCACCAGAUGAUGGCGUGAUUGCGCCUGACGCGAAGACAAUCAGCAGUAUCGUAGCUUGGACAGAUCAUCGUCCAUUUUCUACAGUCUGUGUGUUACUGUGAGACACUGUUGUUUGUCAUCCCACUACCACAAAGGCUACAGGGACUGAAAGUCUGUUGUUUU